AACGUUAGUUUAUGAAUUAUGAAUGACGUUAACAUCGCUAUUGUCGAUUUGUCGCUAUCCUUUUUCUUAUCUGUGGUUGUGCGUGUUGUGUUUUGUACGUACGCCGCUAAACUAAAUGGUUAUCAUAUUCUAUUGAUUUUUUCAAUGUAACUACCACUUUCUUGUAUUAAUUGACUGUAAACGUUCCAUUAAAAUGAUGCAGUUGUACAAAUCAGUACUUUUUAUGUAUCUGACAUUUACAUCAUUGAAGACAGUUGAAUCAAUAAACUGCUAUCAAUGUUCGGGGACGGACUCAGAAAACCCUUUUGAGUGCAAUGAAUAUUUUGAUAACGACAUAGAUAUAUUACCGAAGGACUGUUCCGAUAUUCAUGACGCCCAAUAUUGUAUAAAACACGUCGGACGGUACGAAGUUGUAGCUAUAGAUUGCUAUCAGUGCAAUUCUUCAACUACGAUGGAGUGUGGUGAUGUCCUCAUGCACCUGGACGGGGGAAGCCUGAAGCCUACUUCCUGUGAACAUGUCUUUAAUGCUCAGUUCUGCAUAAAGCAUACAGGUGGCAUCAGCACAAAAAGAUAUUGUUCAUCUUUGGACCUGGGCAACUAUUGUAACUAUGUGCAACAACCUGGUGACAAGCUCGAAUAUAGGACUUGCAUAUAUACCUGCAGUAGUGAUGGAUGCAAUGCUGCAACUGGCUUGGCUAUGUCUUCUGCAGUAACCUUCUUAAUAGUCGUUCACAUACUGGGAUGUGUCAUUAUAAGAUGUUAGUAAGGGAAAGUAUAAGUUAAUAAUUUCGGGAUGCAUUUAAUACUUCCGUGAUGGAAGCCAAAUAAUGUUACAUCAUCACAAAUGCUCAGCGCUCCACACAAGUGCUUAGUAUGCAAAAUUAGAAUUACUUACCAAAGUGUUCCUUUAUUUAUUAGGUACUUUACCUUUCGUGAUCUGAUAAUAUUUGUAUAACAUUUCAGUCUGAAGGACCUGUAUUGAAAAUAAUUGAGUGUUUUUUCUUAUAUAUAAAGAAAAUUAAGUAAUUUUAUUUAUAAAAAUAAAUAUGUACUGACAUAAAUCUUACACUUAUUGCGAGAUUCAAAACAAGACUAAAUAAUAUAAUCAUUCCAAUUAUUAGUAUAAUUUAUAUAAUGUCGUCCAAUCCGUCCAUUAUUGAGACAAAUACAAUGUAUUGUACUUACUGUUAGUUUUUUUUACAAUGCUUAACAUUGUUGGUGGUCUGCAGUAAACGAUGCGAGUAGUUUUGGUUUACAAAUAGUAAUUAUUAGCUAAGCAAUUACAGAAUCUCAAUCUCUAAUAGAUACUAUUUUGUAUUAUUGUAUGUGAAUCGAAAUGUGGAAUAAAAAUAUAUGCUGUGUAA